AUGGCUGAAAGACCCAGGGAGGGUCUUCUGACUCCGGGGGGGCUGGUCUGGUUCACAGACGGCUCUAAGACCGGUAUCGGCACCGGAGCCAGGAUUGCGGGGGAAAGCCCUAGGGUCGAAAUGACCCACAAGCUGGGCCACCACGUUACGGUCUUCCAAGCAGAAGUGUUUGCCAUAUGGGCCUGCGCCAAAUAUAAUUUGGAAAGGGCCCACUCAGGCAAACACAUAUACAUCUGCAGUGACAGCAUGGCCGCGCUGAAAGCCCUCCACAAAGUGGAAAUAGGGUCGAAGCUAGUCAAGGACUGCGCACUGACUUUGAGACAGCUAUCUCUGAACAACAGAGUUAAGCUGCUAUGGGUACCAGGUCAUACUGGUAUCCCAGGAAACGAGAGGGCUAACGAAUUGGCACGACUGGGAGCGUCAAGCUCCCAGCCAUGCCAUGAGUACCCCAUUGGUGUCUCAACCUACGCGUUGAAAGGCUUGGCUAAGGACUGGUUAAACCAGGAAUUCACCAGGCUCUGGCACAACGCCAAUGGCAUGAGACACACGAGGGCCCUAUUUGAGGGACCGUCACAGAAGCUGGGUGACACCUUAAGUCACCUGGACAGGGCGCAGCUGCGCAUGCUCGUGGGCCUAGUGACAGAACUCUGGUACACGAGGAAACACCUCGCGCGCAUGAGACUCACGGAGGAGACAUUAUGUCCGAGGUGUGAGGAAGAGGACGAAACCCCUCUACACGUACUUCUAAGAUGCAGGGAACUAAGGGCCCGAAGAGGAGCAAUCCUGGGGACCUUGGAACCCUUAUCAUUAAGCAUUUCGGCUGGCCUGGUGCCGGCGCUUCUAAACUUCGCUGCAGAAGCCCAGUUGCCAAGGCACAUUCAGUAA